UUUCCUUAAUGGGCACAAAAAAUUCCUCUUCGAAGCAGGGGAGGGAAAGGUCGUCGAAAUUCCAGGGGAAGGGGAUACAUAUUGCGGAACGCGCAACCGGCGCAAACCAGCGCAAACAACGCGCUCUAGCGUUCGCGCGCUGAGCUAAGCUUCCUCCGAGCCGAGAGGAAGUCGCAUACUUGUGCGUUCCAAGUGGAAUACGAGAAUAUACGACGAACACGAGGAGUUUAUACUUCCUUUUUCACCGUCCUUCGUUACGUAUACAUUCGAGUGACGCUCACGAGUGAUGGGGAAGACGAGGACGGGCAAGGCCGCCGUUGUGUGCACGGCGGUGGCGUUCGUUCUGGUGGUGAUCGCGUUCACCACACCCAACUGGCUGGAGACCGAUGGGAAAUUGGAUAAUCCACAAUUCGUCAAGAUUGGUCUCUGGCAGGUGUGUUUCCGAGGAUUCCAAGAUCCGCGUCAUCUCUAUGAUACCAGAUUCUAUGGAUGUUGGUGGGUGUUCGAAGAAGAGUAUUAUAUCAUACACGACAUUCUUCUGCCCGAUUUCUUCGUCGCCACGCAAUUCUUCUUCACGCUGUGCUUCACUUUGUUGCUGAUAGGAAGUUUUCUGACUAUUUUAUAUACUUGUUGCUCGCGUCAGCAUGACAAGUAUCAGCUGCUUCUGUGGACAAUCGGUGGCAAUUUAACUUUGGCAGGAAUAUGCGGUGUUAUAUCGGUGAUUAUAUUCGGCGCCAGAGGUGACGGUCGAGAUUGGAUGCCCAAUUGGGAGCACAAUGAUAUCAGUUGGUCCUUCGCCUUAGCCGUCGUCGGCAGUUUUGUCCUGAUAGCCGCUGGUAUCUUAUACUUGAUCGAAGGACGUAGACAUAGGAAGAAGCAGGAGCGAAUAUUGAACGAAGAACAAAAAACACAUACGACCAUUUAGCAUAUUUUUACAUCAUAAUCGAACAAAUAUUCGCGAUGUAUCAAAUGAUACAUUGCGUAAGCGCAAAUUUUAUCCACUGAACAUGUAUCACGGAUAAAUCUCUUUGAAGACUAAUAAUUUUAUAUUAAUUGUUACGCAUCUACUCAUCGUAACGUUAUAGAAUCUGCCGAUAUACAUAUUAUCUAAGAUACAUAUAUAUUUUAAAUAUAUAGAGACUAGAAGUCAUUGACUUGCGUUGACAAAAAUUUAAAUUAUAUGAAACAUUUUCUAUAAAUGAUGCACGACUAGAUGUCGUAAAUAUUAUUAAAUGUGUAACGCACAUAUCUGAACUAAUCCGUCCAUUUAACUGUAUCGAUUUUUUUUUAAUUUUCU